AUGCCGCACUUGCUGGCUGCCGCCGACCAUGGCGAGACGAGCAGGAGCAGGAGCAGACAGCGCGCUCGCACAGAGGUCAACGAGCACAGGAGCAUGUGGGACCGCCUGCACUUUCAGAAGAUUGGCUCCUGGCUCAAAAAGGACGACGACCAGUCUCCACCACCGCGCGACAAGAUGCCCAACGCAAGGUGGGAGGAGCCCACAGCCGUCGCAAACAGCAAGGACAACAAGGACAACAAGGACAGCAAGGACAGCAAGGAGCCGACGAGGCCACACUCAAGCGGCGGACUGCUUGGUCGAAGGUCCAGCAAGCGAGUCGUGCCUGGUCUGCCCCGGCCCCUGACGUUCAAGCGUAUGCAAAGCGAGAAGAGAGACAAGCUGCUCGAGGUGCCGCUCGAGGUUGAGCAGAGACGCGCCGCCUCUGUCGACCACAAGGAGCCCACCAACACCACCAACACGGCCACGGUCACGGCCCCGAAACGCAACCUCUCGCCGCCCCCGCUCUCGGUGCCCUCCAUGUCGGCCCCCGAUGUCCUUAGCCCGCACCUCCACGAAAGCCUGCACAAGCAGCCAUCCAACCUGGGCCCGACGAUUGGCGGGGGUCCAGACUCGAAUAUACCGGCAGGUGCAAGGCAGGUCGACUUCACCAUGGACCAUGACUAUGAUGGUGACCAUGACCAUGACCAUGCCUACCAGUCUGUCGGAGAGCCACCGCUACUGGACACCCUCGAUGUCUCCUCAGAGCACGCCUCGCACCACUCGGGCUCGGCCAUGGACGAUGCACGCCUGCAGGAGGAGCUAGAAGCCAAGUGGAUCCUGAACCUGAGCAUGCACUUUAGGGACAUGUCAGACCGCGAGAAGUUCUUCAUCACCUAUGCCGAGGAGCCCAACAAGUGGCGCAGAGUCACCGUGUCCUGCGACUACCGCCGACUGGAGCCAGAGUCCCUCGAAGCAGACCUCAAGUCCCUGCACUACCAACGAGAUAAGAGCUCGAGGAUUUAUGAGGCCAUUCGUGACUCCUUGCCCGACAUUCAGUUUUACGAGACGGUGACGAACCUCAAGCUCGAGACCACCGACGGCCGCCUUCAUGUUCACGUGACUGAAGACGUCAAUGAAAUCAUACCCUACCCAUCCGUCUCUGCAAUCGACCACCUCGAUUGCCAACGCUUCACCGAAGCCGCCGUCAGUUUCGACUCGCACAUCUCGGGCUUCGUGUACAAAGUCUCGGUAAACAACAGGACCUAUAUCAAAAAGGAGAUUCCAGGGCCAGAUGCAGUCGACGAGUUUUUGUAUGAAAUCAAUGCACUUUGCAGUCUGCAGGAGUCCCAAUCGGUCAUCAGGUUCCAAGGCAUCAUUGUCGAUGAACAGAAUGAACUGAUCAAAGGCUUGAUCAUCAGCUAUGCUGAACAGGGCGCACUGGUGGACAUGAUUUACGACUACAAGCCAACAGGCCAGCUACAUUGGGAGCGCCGCGAGCGUUGGGCACGACAAAUCGUCCAAGGCUUGUCGGAGAUCCAUGAAGCCGGAUUUGUCCAAGGAGACUUCACGCUGUCCAACAUUGUCAUAGACGCCAAUGAUGAUGCAAAAAUCAUUGACAUCAACCGUCGCGGUUGCCCGGUCGGCUGGGAGCCACCCGAGCUCGCAAGACUCAUUGAAAGCGGCCAGCGCAUAUCCAUCUACAUUGGCGUCAAAUCAGAUCUUUACCAGCUUGGCAUGGUCCUGUGGGCCCUAGCGGAGCAACAAGACGAGCCAGAACGUCAAGAAAAGCCGCUGACACGGUCGUUGAGUCGAUCGAACAGCGACGUUCCGCCCUACUUUGAAGAAAUCAUCAGAGCUUGUCUGAACGACUCACCACGAGCACGGCCCUCGGCUGCAACCCUCUUGAAGCAAUUUCCCACCCAGAUCCAAGAGCCGAAGAAAAAGAAGCACGUCGCAUUACGAGACAGCGUUUCCACACACCGGAGCGACAAAGAGUACAUAGAUCCCGCCACAGCUGUCGAUUUGGCCGACAUUUCACAACAUCGUCGCCAUUCGAGACAACAUUCGUCCUCGUUUGAAAACAUCACCAUGCCACCCACAGACUACCCCGCUUCUUCUGGUUCCUACAUCAUGGCAAAUGGUCUUGGUGACCGUAGUCGAUCGCCCGGUCUUCCCAGAAGUGGGAGCAGAAACCAAAGGAGUGAUGGCUCGCCAUACACAGGCCAUCGAUCGGUCAUGUCAUUCGAUGAUUCAGAAAUGGAGAACGAAUUGCUGAGCCUACCCGCUAGCAGAGAGACAAGAUGGGAGCAAAUCUACGUGGAUGGAGACACGAAGCUGGUGCAAAGAGGGGGGCUGGAUAUUAAUGUUCGUGAUUUUGCGACGCAAGAGCCCAAAGAGAUUUGCAUCAAAACUCCUCCAGGCGAGGAGAUGGAGACUUCAUUUGUGGCGAACAAGGCUGCUAACGAUGACCCUCUCAGGCUCUCCACGGCGCCUGGACUUCAACCCAUGGAGUCGGGUUCUGCAGGAAGCUCACAGGGGUCGGAAAGGCAAGGCCACCAUCGAGGUGUUGGAAACAAGGCCUCGUUUAGCGAUCGUGUCCAUCAGCUCGCCACUUUGCAAACGCAAAAUACAGUCCAUGAUGAGCAGCAGCGCCAUGAUCAGCGUUCGCCCCAGUUUCCAGAUUCUGCUAGUCUUGCAGAAAUCGAACGGGAACUGGCCAUGGACUCGUCCGCCAGUAGCACUGCCCCACCAUCGCGGAUGAGCACAGGUUUCACCCUCUUUGAACGUGCGGUGCGUGUUGGUACAGGCUUCAUGAUGGCACAUGGACAUCACCGGCCACUUCACCAAGACUCUGGCUUCUCGGAACUGGAGCGAAUUCCUUCCGAAAAUCAACGGAUACGACAUAGUCUCGAUAGUUCGGUUCAAAGUCUACACGUGUCGGAGGAAGAGGGGGAUAUCAUCAAGGAGAGACUCUGGUUUGAAAAGAGCCAUUCGGGUUUCCGUGACAGCGUUCGAGCCUCAGAGCUCGAAUUCAACCCAGCAGCCCUGCCAAAUUUCACCGCCUCAGCAUCGCCCUCGAAAUCCAGAACGCAUUUUGGCGCUCCCGAAAUCCCGCCACCGAGCUUCAACGCCGGUCUCUCCGAUGUUCUCCGCGUCGAGAAUGUCCAAGAAGACAAGAGCCUAGAGGAGAAAACCUCAAACACCACUAUUCGUCCGCCAAGCAUCCAAAUCCCAUCUUUGCCCAAUGGCAGUCACACAUGGGACAGGGCAAAUUCCGCCAUUCCUUUAUCAGGCACGUCUGACGCCCCCAUGUUCUCUGCUCGCUCCACCCAACGGCACUCCUACUACGAUACCGAGGUCAGGCCCGCUUGUGAUGAUGACAACGAUGACUUGAUGUCCACGCUCUCAGAAGAAGAAAAGAAGGAGCGAGCAACACACGAUCUAUCCGAUUACCUCUCCCACACCAUAUCCUUUCCGCAGCCUAGUACAGAUUUCUAUUCGCGUCACCAUGACGCACAGAAGGUUUCGCAAGAACCAAAAGUUUGA